AGCCUGACGUAUCCAGCACAGUCAUUGCAGAACUGGGUUGCAACGUUAUUAAAAGCUGCAUAAUACCGCUGGAUCAUCGGCGUUGCAUGCAUUUAAAUACAGGCAUCCUCCCAGGCCUAUUGAAGGCGACUGGAAGGCUUUUUCACACCUCUACAACGUUAACAGGAAAUUCGGACUUAUUUACUUGGUUUCUAUAUCUGCACAGAGGGCGUUGCAGGAAAGACAGAAAGUGACAUGCCCUUCAUUCGUCGCCGGACGCGGUUAAUUCAGAAUGGUGCGUUUUAAUUUGUGUAUCUAGAAUACGCGGAUUUUUUGGUAUAAUUGUUGUGAUAACGGCGGAUACGACAAUAUCUAUUACAAAUCGAUCAAAACGGAUGCUAAAAUGCGAGGUGCCAGGUCGAUUUGAGCGGGUGGAUGGCCAAUCUGAUGUUAACAAUUGCGUUUCUCCCCGCGUCUGCCGCGUUGCUAUGCUGUGAAGCUGGUCGGGAAGACCGGGCACUCGAGCCAUGCUUCCCGGGGUCGGCGUGUUUGGCACCAGCUUGACCGCGCGUGUGAUUAUCCCUCUUCUGAAGAACGAAGGAUUCGCCGUCAAGGCUCUAUGGGGACGGACUCAGGAGGAAGCAGAGGAGUUGGCCAAGGAAAUGAAUGUACCGUUUUAUACCAAUAGAAUCGACGACGUUUUGCUGCAUCAGGAUGUGGAUUUGGUGUGCAUUAACCUGCCUCCACCUUUGACGCGGCAGAUUGCUGUCAAAACAUUAGGUAUCGGUAAGAAUGUGAUCUGUGACCGAACGGCCACCCCACUGGAUGCCUUUCGCAUGAUGUCGGCCGCCCAGUACUACCCCAAGCUGCUGAGCAUCAUGGGAAACGUACUGCGCUUCCUUCCCGCCUUUGUACGCAUGAAAGAGCUAGUGGAGGAGGGCUACGUGGGGGAGCUGCUGGUCUGCGAGGCCCAGGUCCACAGCGGCAGCCUGUUGGGUAAGAAGUACAACUGGAGCUGUGACGACCUGAUGGGCGGUGGGGGGCUGCACUCGGUAGGCAGCUACAUCAUUGACCUGCUCGCCUUUCUCACGGGCCAGCGGGCGGCCAAGGUGCACGGCUUCCUCAAGACUUUCGUCAAGCAGACGGAGCACAUCUGCGGCAUCCGACAGAUCACCAGUGACGACUUCUGCACCUUCCAGAUGGUGCUGGAGGGCGGCGCCUGCUGCACCGUCACACUCAACUUCAACGUGCCUGGUGACUUCCGCCAGGAGGUGAUCGUGGUGGGCACGGUGGGCCGGCUGACGGUCAGCGGCACGGACCUGUACGGCCAGAAGAACACCAUGGAGGGAGGGCCGGAGCUACUUCUGAAAGACAGCACCCCUCUGGAGAAGGCCUCCCUACCGGAGAAGGCUUUCAGUGACAUCCCUUCGCCCUACCUGACAGGAACCAUCCGUAUGGUGCAGGCGGUGCGUCAGGCCUUUGAGGACCAGGACGACCGGCGCACGUGGGAUGAAAGGCCGCUGACUAUGGCGGCCACCUUUGAGGACUGCCUGUACGCACUUUGCGUGGUGGACACCAUCAAGAAGUCCAACCAGUGCGGCGAGUGGCAGAACAUUGAGGUAAUGAAAGAGGAGCCCGAGGUAAGCCCGGCGUACCUGAUCAGCGAGGCCAUGCGGCGCAGCAGGAUGUCGCUCUACUGCUAAAUAGCACUGGCACCUAAAUGGCUGUCUGGUGCUAGAGACUGGGGGUGAGAGAGCUGUCACUGUGCCCUCAUUGGUUCGCUACCCUAAAAAAGAUGUGAACAGUGAUGAUCUCUCUCCAAUCUCAUUGUCCUCUCUUCUGCAUGAUCUAUUCUGGAAUCACUACGCCGCGCAUCGUGACUCUGAGAAAGUGGAGGAAUAAAGAGCACCUCCAAAAAGAAAAAGGCGUUGCUAUGGAUGCUAUGCUACAACAGUGGUGUAACUGUACCUCUAGAGAGGUGAAUGUUUAAUCCCCAGGGGGCUUCGGACCCUGUCUCUGUGUAUGUCUGCUGUGUGUGAAACCAGAGAAGAAAAACGCAGAGAAAUCAAUUGUUUGUCUGGUAGGGCUUUUAGUGAGGUCCCCUCCUCCGGUGAAGUAUGCAAUAAAUCCAAUCAGAGCUCCAGGCUCGUGGAAUUAAGUCAUCCUAAGCAAAAAAAAAGUGUGAUGGGUCCCCACUUAUUCGCACUCAGAAUUAUGUCAUCCUGCCUGAAUCAAGGGAAUGCCUUUUUUUUGCCUGCUUCUCGUUUUUGUAGUAACGUCCAUAUGCAAUAGACCGACACAUAAUCUGUGGAUGGUGGGGCAGUCCCAUGCUAUGCUGUGAGUAAAACCUAGGCACAUGUUUUCAAUCUCAAGGUCAUGCCUGUUGCUAAGCUAAUAUCCUUAGCUUAGCCAGCCAGGUUAGCGGUGCAUGCGAUAAAGCCUCUUACACAACAGCAACGAUGUAGAGUGAAACAAUCAGUAAUAGUGUCCCUCUGGGUUCGUGCAUGAAUGGGACACUUCCACGCAUGAAACAUUCCCAUCUGCUUGUAAAGGCUAGUGUUUUGUGACUCUUUAUAGUCUGUGUGAAUAUGUAGCUUAGUACUACUAACAGAAGGGCAAGUAGAACAUGGCCUAUUUUUUUUUUUUUUUUGAGAAGACCUCUGGUUUUCACCUCAUCACUAUCCACAUCACUAUCCACACAGGUUACAAGAGAUAAUGGUAGUACAGUAGCAUAAAUUCACGAAGCCAAAACAUUUUUGUAUUUUAUUCAAGCUCGAUCUUAUUGUUUCCCCAAUGUUGAUUGUGUUCUCAAAUUAUGCUACUGUAUAUCACCAUCUGCAUUUGCCUACUUUUCCAUGGUCUUGUAUAAUACAAAAAGUUAAUAUGGUUUAGAAUGUGUCGUGAUAUAAAUGUACUGUAUGUAUUUUAUUUGUUUUUAAACUAUCUGCAAAAGACAGGAACAUGUUUUGAUAUACACACACACACACACACACACACUGUUCAGUAUAAAAUUAUUUAUUUUUAAUUUUGGACUGAUUUCGUACUGUGUCGGGAGAAGAAAUCUAGUUUGUGGGCGACAGUUGAGGUAAGAGAGGCCUUUUUAGUAUUCAGUUUCUCUGUGUGUUGGUCCAUACUGUGGGAUGUCUGGAGACAAUGACUACUUUGGUUGGAGUAUAUAGACAUUUCUUUAAUCAUGUGAUCUUAAUUUGUAAUAAAUGUUGAUAGGUGCAGCUAUUUUAAGAUUUGUAGCUAUUUAACCGUUAUCUGUCCAGUUGGCCAUUUUGCCCUGUAUUCAUGUUUCAUCGAUGUGAUAUAUUGUGUUUGACACUGGGUUUUGGAACAUUUCAUAUUUUUCUGACCAUGCUCCAGUUAGUUUAUUUGGCAGUUGUCGUGCAAGUUAUUUUUUUCUGUAGCUUUUCAACCAACAAGACAAGCUUCUCACAUGCCCGCUGACCUUUCCCAAGUUCUGUAAAUACUAUCUCACUCUGUUGGGUGACUAUGAUGUGUUCUGCAUAGAAACUUGAUGGACUUUGCCAUUUAAAGGAUGGAGACAUAGAGCAAUGUCUAAAGAUGUGCUCUUUCCAACUCUCUCUGUUAGUCCCCUAUAUUCCUAUCCCGGGUCAAUGGCCUUGUUUCAAACAAUGCUCCUCUAAAGCUGCACCCAGAGAACAGGAGAGGAAGUCCCCUGUUGAGGCCUUAUAGGGAGGACAUGGGAACCGUGGUUUAGUCCCCAGUCUUUCAGUCUGGAUGAAACUCUAUAGCUUUACAUAUAUGACAGGAAAGAAAUGGGGACUAAAUUAAAUCAAACACUUGAAGUAAACCCUUGUGAACACUUCACAUUAUAAUGUAUGCUGAAUCAAACUUAUUAUCAUGUAAUAUCAAUGUAGGGGAGAAAGGAUCAAUGCAAAGUAGAGCGGAGUCUCUUUGCCAGUUUGAUCCAGCACCCAUGUGUAUUUAGGCUUAAUCCUACAUCUUGCUAAGGUGCUGUAGAGCACUCCUCCUCAAACCUCUCCUCUGGAACCCCCAAAUGUUUUCCUGAUUCACCUCGUCAAGGGUUGCGUUUCUCUGCCCAGACAUUGAUGACGCAUGCCAGUUAUUACAAUGCCUGGAUGGGUAUUUUGCGUCUCAGAUAACCACAUAUGUUAGAGCAAUCUGGUGCCCGACGGCACAGUUGAUGAGGUGGCAUGUGACCAUUGGUUGAUUCAUGCAACUUCUGACCAGGGGAAUGCAACCAAGGGCUUGACGAUUAGUUGAUAAGUUGAAUCAGGUGGAAUAGAUCAAAUACGCGGAAUGGCUGGUGGUCCCUGAGGAGAGGUUUGAGGAUCACUGCUCUAGAGGCACCUUACCAUUUUCUUCUACACUGAACAAAAAUAUAAAUGCAACAUGCAACAAUUGCAAGGAUUUUACUGAGUUAUAAUUCAUGGAAGGAAAUCAGUCAAUUGAAAUACAUUUCUCAGGCCGUAAUCUAUGGAUUUCACAUCACUGGGAAUACAGAUAUGCCUCUGUUGGUCACAGACACCUUAAACGAAAAGGUUGGGGCGUGGAUCAGAAAACCAGUCAGUAUUUGGUGUGACCUCCAUCAUGCAGUGCGACUCCUUCGCAUGGAGUUGAAUCAGACCGUUGAUUGUGGCCUGUAGAAUGUUAUCCCACUCCUCUUCAAUGGCUGUGCGAAGUUGCUGGAUAUUGUCGCAACCUGGAAAACGCUGUCGUACACAUCGAUCCAGAGCAUCCCAAACAUGCGCGACCUGUCUGGUGAGUAUGCAGGCCAUGGAAGAACUGGGACAUUUUCAGCUUCCGGAAAUUGUAUACAGAUCUUUGUGACAUGGGGCCCUAAAUUCUGCCAGGUCGCAGUUGCAAAUGAGAACUUCUCAACUAGCCUACCUGGUUAAAUAAAGGUGAAAAAAUAAAAAAAAUCUCAUUUUGAAACAUGAGGUGAUGGUGGCAGAUGAAUGGCAUGACAAUGGGCCUCAGGAUCUCGUUACGGAUUCUAUGUGCAUUCAAACUGCCAUCAAUAAAAUGUAAUUGUGUUAGUUGUCCGUAGCUUAUGCCUGCCCACACCAUAACCCCACCGCCACCAUGGGGCACUCUGUUUACCACGUUGACAUCGGCAAACCACUCGCCCACGCAACGCCAUACGUUGCCAUUUGCUUGGUACAAUUGAAACCGGGAUUCAUCCCUGAAGAGCACACUUCUCCAGUAUGCCAGUGGCCAUCAAAGGUGAGCAUUUGCCCACUAAAGUCGGUUACGACGCCAAAAUACAGUCGGGUCAAGACCCUGGUGAGGACGACGAGCAUGCAGAUGAGCUUCCCUGAGACGGUUUCUGAAAGUUUGUGCAGAUAUUCUUCAGUUGUGCCAACCCACAGUUUUAUCAGCUGUCAGGGUGUCUGGUCUCAGACGAUCCCGCAGGUGAAGAAGCCAAAUGUGGAGGUUCUGGGCUGGCGUGGUUACACGUGGUCUGGACGUACUGCCAAAUUCUCUAAAAUGACGUUGGUAGAGAAAUUAACAUUACAUUCUCUGGCAAAAGCUCUAGUGGACAUUCCUACAGUCAGCAUACCAAUUGCACGCUCCUUCAAAACUUGAGACGUCUGUGACAAAACUGCACAUUUUAGAGUGGCCUUUUAUUGUCCCCCGCACAAGGUGCACCUAUGUAAUGAUCAUGCUGUUUAAUCAGCGUAUUGAUAUGCCACACCUGUCAGGUGGAUGGAUUAGCUUGUCAAAGGAGAAAUGCUCAUGAACAGCGAUGUGAACAAAUGUGUGCACAACAUUUGAGCGAAAUAAGCUUUUUGUGCAUAUAGAACAUUUCUGGGAUGUUUUAUUUCAGCUCAUGAAACAUGGGACCAACACUUUACAUGUUGCGUUUCAUAUUUCUGUUCAGUGUAAAUAUCAGGCCAGUUGAUGUAAAAUGGGUUGGGUAUUUAUAAGUUGUUGAAUAUUUAAUGUCUGAAAUUAUAAGAUUUCAUGCAUCUGAUGUCUGCUGAUCGAUUUAUACAUUUGAAUUUAAUCCGGGGGUGUCAAACUCAUUCCACAGAGGGCCUAGUGUCUGCAGGUUUUGUUUUUUCCUUUCAAUUAAUCCCUAGACAACCAGGUGUGGGGAGUUCCUUACUAUUUACUUAAUUCAUCAGUCAAGUUCAAGGGAGGAGCGAAACCCGCAGACACUCUGCCCUCCUUGGAAUGAGUUUGACACCCAUGAUAUAAUUUCUUUGUCAUUUAUUUUUUUUUAUAAAGUGUAUGUUUCAGGUAUCAGCUAAUAUUGGUUAUGUUUUAUGAUAAAAUGGAUAUGGAUUUGAAUGGACAACUGCUGUAUUACCAUCAAAGCUGCAACACCUGGAGUAUUACUACUGCGGUCAAUACAACUGGAAGAUGUGUAUCACUGUACCUGAAGGUAUUACCCUGAGAGCACUGUAGGGGUGCCGUUGUCUGAGACACUGUAGUCACUGUCUGUCUAGUAUGGG